AUGCCACAGAACGAACACAUUGAACUCCACAGGAAGCGGCAUGGACGUCGUUUGGAUUAUGAAGAAAAGAAGAGAAAGAAGGAAGGCCGUUUGCCUCAUGUCAUGUCAGACAAAGCCCAGAAACUCCGUGGAUUGAAGGCUAAACUUUAUCACAAGAAGCGACAUGCUGAAAAAGUGCAGAUGAAGAAAACAAUUAAGAUGCAUGAGCAAAAGAAGACCAAACAAAAGAAUGAUGAUGUUGUGCCUGAGGGAGCCGUCCCAGCCUACUUGUUGGACAGAGAAGGACAAAGUCGAGCUAAAGUGUUGUCCAACAUGAUCAAACAGAAGAGAAAAGAGAAAGCUGGCAAAUGGAAUGUUCCUCUUCCAAAAGUGAAAGGUGUGAGUGAAACGGAAGUGUUCAAAGUAGUCAAAUCUGGCAAAAGACAAAAGAAAGCUUGGAAGCGAAUGGUUACCAAAGUUACAUUUGUUGGUGAUGGGUUUACCCGGAAACCUCCUAAGUAUGAAAGAUUUAUCCGACCUAUGGCUCUCCGUUUCAAAAAAGCGCAUGUCACUCAUCCAGAAUUGCGAGCCACAUUCAAUUUACCCAUAAUUAGUGUCAAAAAGAACCCCAGCUCCCCAUUUUACACAUCGCUUGGCGUCGUCACAAAAGGAACAAUCAUUGAAGUAAAUGUCAGUGAGCUUGGUUUAGUAACACAAGGUGGAAAAGUAAUUUGGGGUAAAUAUGCUCAAGUAACAAAUAAUCCAGAGAAUGAUGGCUGUAUCAAUGCUGUUCUGUUGGUAUAA